GGGACCCGGCUUAGGAAGAAGAGAGGUGGCGCUGCCGAAGAGAACGGGGAGGGAAGCUGGGGGCGGACGGGAGAAGGAGCCGGUUGUUGGCAGCAGAUGUGACUGGGCUGCGGGCUGCCCUCCGGGGACAGAGCUGAGGAGCGGGGCGGGCAGUGCCGCCUUGUAAAGGAGCACCUGGCGCUCCGCUCUCUCCCCUCCCCUGCGAUCCCCUGCUCGCCCGGUGCCAGUGCCGCGGUCCCCUCCCGCUCCUUACCCCGCUCUCCCUCCCCCAUCCCUCUGGGCUCCCACUCUCGGAGACUAGAGCUGCCUCACUUCUCUACCAGCCGCGCUACCUCCGGCUUUCCCCCGCAGAUCGCUAGCAAAGAAGCUCCCUAACCCAAGCUUGGCCGUGCCCUUCUGGGGAUGUGCCAGUAAGCCAGGUGUCCCGGGCCAGAGAACCCCAAGGAUGGGACGCCGCCCUCACCUCUUGGUCAUCCAGGCCCUUCUUCUGUGGCUUGCACCAGUCUCAGCCUCACUCCAGGAUCAGUACUGUGAGAGCCUAUCCUUAGUCAACAACACUUCUGGGCUCCAGUGCAAUUCCUCCAUUGACCUCAUUGGGACCUGUUGGCCUCGGAGUGCAGCUGGCCAGCUCGUGGUACGGCCCUGUCCUGCCUACUUCUAUGGAGUCCGCUAUAACACAACAAACAAUGGCUACCGGGAAUGUCUUGCGAAUGGAAGCUGGGCAGUACGAGUCAACUAUUCUCAGUGCCAAGAGAUCCUUAACGAGGAGAGAAAAAGUAAACUGCACUACCAUAUUGCUGUCAUCAUCAACUACCUGGGUCACUGUAUCUCCCUCGGAGCCCUCCUCAUGGCCUUUGUCCUCUUCAUGCACCUAAGGAGCAUCCGGUGUCUUCGAAACAUCAUUCACUGGAACCUCAUCUCUGCCUUCAUCCUACGCAAUGCUACCUGGUUUGUGGUGCAGCUCACCAUGAGCCCUGAAGUGCACCAGAGUAAUGUGGGCUGGUGCCGGCUGGUGACAGCUGCUUACAAUUAUUUUCAUGUUACCAACUUCUUCUGGAUGUUUGGAGAAGGUUGCUACCUACAUACAGCCAUCGUGCUCACCUACUCUACUGACAAGCUCCGAAAAUGGAUGUUCAUCUGUAUUGGCUGGUGUGUGCCUUUCCCCAUCAUCGUGGCCUGGGCCAUCGGGAAACUGUACUAUGACAAUGAGAAGUGCUGGUUUGGAAAGAGGCCUGGAGUAUACACUGAUUACAUCUACCAGGGCCCCAUGAUUUUGGUCCUGCUGAUCAACUUCAUCUUCCUCUUCAAUAUUGUCCGUAUCCUCAUGACUAAGCUCCGGGCCUCCACCACAUCGGAGACCAUUCAAUACAGGAAAGCUGUGAAAGCCACCCUUGUCCUGUUGCCUCUUCUGGGUAUCACAUACAUGUUGUUCUUUGUAAACCCUGGGGAGGAUGAGAUCUCUCGAGUUGUCUUCAUCUACUUCAACUCCUUCCUGGAGUCCUUCCAGGGUUUCUUCGUAUCUGUCUUCUAUUGUUUCCUCAACAGUGAGGUCCGCUCAGCUGUCCGGAAGAGGUGGCAUCGGUGGCAAGACAAACAUUCAAUCCGUGCCCGAGUGGCUCGGGCUAUGUCCAUCCCUACAUCCCCUACUCGAGUCAGUUUCCAUAGCAUCAAGCAGUCAACAGCUGUCUGAAUGGAAUGGGGAACACAUUCCAUUUUUGGGUGGGGACACCAAAAGGGACAGAACCUAGAAUCUAAUUUUGAUUAUUGGGAGGAACACAUCAUUCAGUAUGCUCUCACCACUGUCCCUCACACCUGACUCUUCCCAAUCUGUUCAGGAAAACAAUUUCCUCCUCAAACUUUGGUAUACUCCAGCACUUGCUUGCCCAGAGCAGCCAUAAAAGCAUAGGAAAUAUUGGACCCAUGAGACCCAGACAGAGAUGGGAAACUGUGAUGAUGAGUAUAUAAGAGAUGGAAGGGAAAAUAGAGUCUUCUAGAAGACCCUGGAACUCUGAAGGCUGCUGAGUCUCAGACCUAGUUUGCUCUUCUGUGCUCCUUGUCUGCUCUUUGGACAGGCUUACCCAAGGGACAGGAUGGAAAAUUAAAAGCACAUGGACAAUGAAAACUAGUGACCUAUAUUGUCACCUUGGAGUACAAUGUAGCCAUCCCAUUAGAAACCACAGGAUUGGUUGGUUGCCAUCAUCAGCCUUAGAGAUGUCACCAGUUAGUAUUAGAACAUCUUCAUGAAUUUCUUCAUGAAAACCAUUGUGGCAUCAUCAUAAGGACAUAUGCGGAAACUGAUAGUGACAUCAGAAUUCCUGACAAUGAUUAUAUCUCUGUUUGUGAUGAUGUCACAGCUACAUCAUUGGAAAGUCCAAUGAUGCCACCAUGAACCAUGGCCACAUCAUCAGAAUGCAUUAUGACAUCAGCAAGAUGAGACAAUGACACUGGAAACCAUAACAUCCCAUCAGGAAUCUAGGCACCCACCCUCACAGAAAUGACUUUGCCUUUGUUCCUUGCCCAUGGUUCACUUUUCUCUGGCUCACUACAACAAGAGGGGCAGGUGCCUUAUGAGUGGUACUACCCUUCCCUAAAUAGAGAAGGGGAGACUAUUUUCUACCUGAGGGCUCUGCUACCCCUGAAAUUUAUUCUUGUAGGGAUCAUUUCUCUAGAGUAACAAAAUGACUCACUCCCUGAUACAUGGUAUUGGGUCAAUUGCUACUCAGACCUCUUUUUUAGAAGUUGCUUUGUAGGCAUGUAUUGUGAAGCUGGGGAAGUAGCUGGGGUGUCAAGAUUACUAGUUCUAGUUCUGGGUUCAACACAGAGAUCUUAUGCUGCUGGAAUUUUGUAAGGGCAGGAGGAAAGGCAAGGGAUAGGGGCUAAGGAAGGAGGAGAGAAAGGAUCCUGAAUCACAAUGGGCUGCAUCAAUGCCUGUGGGUAUGGGGUGUGUGGAUAUGGGGGGAGAGGUGGCACACGCACUGAUACACACAGAAGAGAACUUUGGAAUCUACAACCCUGGGCAGGUUAGGAAAGGAAGGGGAAUUGCCCUGAAUAGUCUCUGUCAGGAAUUGAGGGGGUCAGCCUAGGAAAGGUGGUUGGAGCCAGAGAAGAUAUGGGUGCAUGUGUUGGAGGGUUCCAGAUAGAAGAGGUUGGGGUUCCCCUUGAAAGUGGAAACAAAUAAAGUUUUGACAUGUAACCACGUGAGGAGGGAGCAGGACCUGGAGAGGGCUAGUGAGGGGCAUUUGAAGGAGGAGAGACACAUCAGAGAAAGAACAUUGAAACUCCAGCCUAUCCCACCCACUCCAUGAGGUCUAACCACUGUAACUACAGGGGAGAAAUGUAGAAAGGCCAGAAGAGUAGGAGGAACACGUGGGAGGCAUGUGUGUGGGAAGAAGAAAAGUGAUGAGAGAACCUCAUACUCAAUUGGGGGCAGAGGGCUUCACAGAAAUAUGAUGGAAGAAAAUGAGAAGUAGGAUAAUGGGUCCCUGCUGACAAAGGAGGAACAUGAAAUGACUAAUGAGUCUCAAACGGCCAUGGCAGUAAAAUAAUUCUCAACUUUGCCUUCCACUGAAGGAAGGAGCUGGGAAAUUUAGAAAAUUAGGUUUUUGUUGAGGGAAGGGGGGAGAGAAGUGGAGGGAGAGAGGCAAAGGAGAAGGGAAGAGGAAGGGAAAGAGGAUGUGAGAAUGGGAGGAAAACUGUUCAGAAAUCUGCUUUGCCUGGUCAGGCAGAGAAAGGAGGCUUGGAUUCCAAAGCAGAGAAAUCCCCUACCUCCAAGACCCCACGCCCCAGGAUAAUGGUCUUAGAGUCCUAAUGGCAGAUUGGGAGUCUCAUCCUAUGGGAAUGGAUCAAUAAGGAGUUUGAAAAAAACCAUACACUCCUUAAGCACUUUCUGUGUGCCUGACACUAUGUUAAGUGUUGGAGAUACGAAUUAAAACACAACAGUCCCUGCCCUUGAGGAGAUCACACUUUAAAGGAAAAGUUAAAAGAGUUAGAGGCUGUCACAGCUGACAGACUAAGGAAGCAGUUGCAUAUUGGCUCCUGAAUAGGGUCCUUCUCCACCACCAACUGGACUGACAAAGUGUCUUUUGAAAGCAUUUAUUGAGCCCAGCCCUGUCCAAGGUGCUGGGGUGCGGGGUUGAACAGGGGAUAAAUGAAAUAAAAUGAACUAAAAACAGUCUCUCUUCUCCAAGAGCUCCCAGCCAUUUGGAGUACAAAAGUUUAGGUAGACAGUUUCGUUGGCUCAACUGAGGUCAUGAAUGCAAAAUGCUUUGUAAAUCUUAAAACAUUAUAUCAAUGUUAGCCAUUGUUAUUAAGUAAAAUCCACGAACAAGGGACAACUUUAAAAAGUUAAUGUGGUUGGGUAAUGGAUCUGGAUCCCUGGGAUAUGGAUAACCGUCACUGGAAGUGGUAGAUGAGAGCUAGAGCUGGGAGGGGCCUUCCAGGUCAUCUAGCCCCACUCCUCCCUUUACACACGAGGAUACUGAAAGCCCAGAGAAGGGAAGAGGUUUGCCCAAGGACAUGACAGAGCUAGGAUCCAAACCUAGGUCCUCUGACUCCAAACCCUGUGUUCUUCCCACUGUACAUUGAUUCAUCCUAAAGCCUGAUGAGAUGACUGCCUUUCAGGAUUCCUACAAGGAGACUGAAUGACCUUUGAGGACCCCUCUAGUUUUUUAGAGUCUGUCAAUAAAAGUACAAGGCAUUACAAAUACACCUGGAGGCAGCUAGUUGGCACAGUGGAUAGCAUCCUGGACUGGAGUCAAGGAGACCCAAGUUAAUAAAG